GAUUCCUUCACGAGUCGGACGUCGCUAGUGGGAGCAGCGAUGGCGGCGCGCACGCUGGAAACGUGUUUAGAGAUUUUAGAGAAGAACACUUCGCAGCCUGAGCAGUUUUUACGUGUACAGGAUGCCUUGGCAACAGAUUUCACAUCACUCACAAAGACUCUUUAUGACCUGCACAAGGCCAGUGAGCUGGCCGGCUGUAAGGGCAGUCCGCUGGAUCAGCUGGUGGUGGAAAAUUUCGAUGAGGAGCAGGUUUGGCAGGAGCUGGAGCUCCAGAACAGCGCUGUGCUGACUCACUUUGAGGAGGCAGUGGGCCAAGCGGUCCAAGACGACACGCUGACUAUUUUUGCAGAAACGGAGGAAGAAGAGGAAGGUGAUGAUGAUGAUGAUGAUGGGGAUGGAGAUGAGGAUGAUGAUGACAAUAAUGAGGAUUUGGAAGAUGAGGAAGAGGGUGAGGAAGAAGAAGCGGAUGAUGAUGAUGAUGAUGAAGAUGAUAAAGAAAACAGACUUAAGCCCAAGUCAAAAGCAGCUGAUGAGGAGGACGGCUCGUCUGAUGAGGACUCGGACAUCGAUUUUGAUGUCGAUAAAUUAGAGAAACAAGCCAAACAAAAGAAGAACACAGAGACAAAGUUACCUAAAUCCAGGACUGUGUCGGAAGUGGACGAUAAAUUUUUUAAACUCUCAGAAAUGGAGGCUUUUCUGGAUGAUAUGGACAAGAGGGAGGGGAAGGAGAGCGCUGGAGAGGAGAUAGACUACUUUCAGGAGUUGCCGUCAGAUGAUGAGGAGGAUCUGAACUUUGAUAAGCCAACAACAUCGAAGAGUCAGAAAAAGUCAAAAAGCUCCAGAGAUGUAAAGUACAAAGACUACUUCAUGGACAAGGAGACUCCUGAACACGCGCCAGACGAGGAAGAUGAAUCAGCACCUGAGGAUGAGGAUGAGGAGGGAGAGGAGAAUGAAGAAGAAGAUUAUGAGGAUGAAGAGGAUCUGGAUAUGGAUGAAGAGGAUUUGGAUAUGGAUGAAGAGGAUCUGGAUAUGGAGGGUGACGCUGAGAGCCAGAAAGCCAGAGAUGCUUUGCGGAAAGUGACCUUUGAUCUCCCCAGUGACAGCGAAGGGGAGGAUGUGGAGGAUAUUUUGGGUGGGAAGCCUAAACAUGCAGCUAAAGAAGACUCCAAAUCAUCAUUUGAGAAGAGGCAGGAAAAGAUGGCAGAGAAGAUUGGAGAGAUGGAGAAGGCCGCGUUAGCUGAGAAGCCCUGGCAGCUGAGUGGAGAAGUGACGGCACAGACGCGACCGGAGAACAGCAUGCUGGAGGAAGAUGUGGCGUUUGACCAAGCCUCCAGGAUGGCCCCUCCAGUUACAGAGGAGACCACUCUGCAGCUUGAAGAGAUCAUCAAACAAAGAAUAAGAGAUCAGGCAUGGGAUGAUGUUGUGAAGAAGGAGAAGCCCAAGGAGGAAGUAUUUGAGUACAAGAAGAGAUUGACUCUGGACCACGAGAAGAGCAAGCUGAGUCUGGCUGAAGUCUAUGAGCAAGAGUACCUCAAACAGACACAGGAAAAGACAGAAGAAGAGGAGAAUCCAGCUCAUGUAGAAAUUCAGAAGCUAAUGGACACUCUCUUCCUCAAACUGGAUGCUCUUUCCAACUUCCACUUUACACCAAAACCACACGUUCCUGAGGUAAAGGUCGUUUCCAACCUGCCGUCCAUCACGAUGGAGGAGGUGGCUCCGGUCAGUGCCAGCAGCGCCACUCUUCUGGCUCCAGAGGAAAUUAAGGAGAAGAACAAGGCUGGCGACAUCCUUGGUGACUCAGAGAAGACAACAACCGAUAAGAAGCGGGAGAGACGCAAGAAGAAGAAACUGAAGAGGCUGAAGAUUCAGGAGCGUGAAAAGAAGAAGAAGCUCAAAGAAGCUGCAAAAGGAGGAGAGAAGAAGAAAAAGUCCAAGGCUGAAGUUGAAGCGACUCUCAGGAAACUAACUAAAGGAGGCGGGGCCAAAAUACUUACGGAUGACGGCAUGGACAAAGCUCUGCGCUCUUCCCAAGCCUUCUUCUCUCAACUGCAGGACCAAGUCAAGAGCCAGAUCAAGGGCUCUAAAGACCAGGCUGCCAAGAAGAAGAAACAGAAAGAGCUUUCUGUCAGCAAACUAAAGCUAUAGCUUUAACUGUGAAAUAUUGUGUACAGUUCUUCUUUGAAAGAUGGCAAUUAUUUGAAUGUGUCUUUACACGAUCCUGUCAUUUAUAUUAAAAUUGUCAUAUUUAAAA